AUGGUCCUAGAAGUCACGCGAUGCGGAAUACACGGCUUCCACGAGGCGCUCGGCAUCGACACAGACAAAAUCCGCUUCUUUUGGGUCCUCCAUUCAGAUCGCGAAGACAGCCGGCAAAUAGCAUAUCGCGUUGAAGUCUUCACGACACCAGGAUUAUGGGAUAAAAUAGUAUGGAACUCCGGAAAGGUGGAAAGCGAUCGGCAACGCAAUAUACUCUGUGCACCUGACGGAGGUUUCGAAUCGGCGACCUUCCACUACUGGAGAGUCACAGUAUGGGACUCUGAUGGCACUGUCACGGUUGGCAAAGCAAACGAGUUCUUCACUGCAUACCCCAGAUGUUCUGGGUUACUGCCACCAUACAGUAUGAAUCAGACCUACAUGCCACAUACCAGCCUUAUCUUCCGUACAUGGUUUGAGGAUGAGCCGAAUCGAUGGAAGGGCGUCUGGAUCGGCGAUAACGGAGACAAGCCGCUCUAUGUACGCAAGGCGCUACAUCUCGAUCGGAAGCCGUCUCGUGCCAUUGCGUUCGCAUCGGGUCUUGGCCAUUUCAACUUCGUCUGUAAUGGCGAUCCCGCAGCGGCGAACGGCCAUGUCCUAGAUCCUGGCUGGACGAACUACCAUCGCACGGUGCAAUUUGUCGCAUACGACUUGUCUAAGAUACUGACACAAGGCGAGAAUGUGCUUGGCGCCCAUAUCGGCAAUGGCUUCUACGCGGGUGACCAAGGCGACGACCGUUUCUUCUGGCCAUGCUAUGAGGACAACACAUACGUUCGAUAUGGCAAUGAGCUCUGCUUCUUCAUGGAGCUACAUCUGUUCUACCCCGACCGUAGCCACGAGAUCAUCACUACAGGCCCAGAUUGGAGUAUCCGUAAGAGUGCGACCACACUAGCCAACAUCUACUCUUCCGAAACCAAAGACAUGCGCGCCUAUCCUACCGGAUGGGAUGCGCCGGGCUUCAAAGAGGACGAGCAGUGGAAGCCUGCGACGCCCGUGACAGGCCCGAGGGGGAAAUUGAAGUACCAAAGUCAACCGCCCGUCGUGUUGCAUGAGAACCUCGAACCGCGAUCGACCAAAACGGUCGAGCCAGGUGUUGUUAUGUUCGACUUCGACCAGAAUAUGACGACCAUGGUCAAGAUACAAGUCAGCGGUCCGGCAGGCUCGAAAGUCAUCGUCCGUUUCUCUGAGACGAUUGGUCAAGAUGGCAAGGUAUUCAUGCCCGAUCCACUCUUUAAGCAGUUCGAGACGGGCGUGUUCUGCAAGUUCACUCUUGCUGGUACAGGAGUCGAAACAUGGGAGCCAGACUUCUGCUUCACAAGCGCACGCUACAUUCAGGUCGAAGGUGUCUCGCUAGAGGAGGGCCAAGGGCUACCAGUCGUGCACUCAUUGGUGAGCAGGCAUGUAUCGUCUGCCGCACGUCGUCUCGGCUACGUGAAGACGGAUAAGGAAGAUGUCAAUCAGCUCAUCGAUAUGUGUUACUGGUCUUUUGUCAGCAACCUCUUCAGCUACCACACUGACUGUCCUCAACUAGAGAAGUUCGGCUGGCUCGAAGUAACGCACCUUCUCGCACCAGCCACGCAGUAUAUCCGUGACAUGGAGUCACUUUACUCGAAGAUUCUCGAUGACAUAGUCGACGCGCAAGAGUCAAACGGUCUUUGCCCUACAAUGGCACCCGAGAUCAGAUAUAUGUGCGGUCCUCUACACGACACAAUAACCUGGGGCGGCGCCGUCGCACUACUCCCAGAGAUACUGCGCUUCUACUACGACUCGACCCACGUCUUCGAGAGGUUAUUCGACCCCUGCGUCCGCUACAUGGAAUACAUAAAGACCAAAGAGCGCGACGGCGGACUCAUCGAACACGGCCUCGGCGACUGGGGCCGCGACAUCGCCUUCGGCAACAACCAAGCCAACAUCGAAACAGCCAUCUACUACCGCUGCCUCCGCAACAUCCAACGCAUGGCCCACGAACUCGGCAAACCCGAUGCCGAGCAGCGGUUCCGCGAAUGGGCUGAUCGCAUCUACCGCGUAUACAACGAGCGCCUCCUCAUUACCGAUAAAAAAGAGUACCCAUAUGCGUUCUAUACAUCCCGCGACAACCCCCCAACCCACGACCGCAACAUGGUCGCUCAAGCCUUCGCCCUCCAAUUCGACCUCGUCCCUCCCUCCCACACCACCGACAUCCAAACCGCCUUUUUGGCAGACUGCGCCUCCGCAGGCAACCGCAUCCAAGCCGGCGAGAUCGGCCUGAAAUACCUCUUCAACACGCUCUCCGACCUAAACCGACCAGACAUAAUCUUGGAAAUGGCGAGGCAAGAAGAACAUCCAAGUUAUUUACGGUUUAUACGGCGGGGCGAGACGACGUUGAAUGAGUUCUGGCAGGAUAAUUGUAGGAGCAAGUGUCAUGAUAUGUUAGGCACGAUAUAUGAAUGGUUUUAUGAGGGGGUGCUGGGGGUGAAGGCGGAGACGGAGGCGUAUAGGACGUGGAGGGUUAGGCCGCCGUUGGGGAGUGAGUUUGGGGUGGUGGAGGGGAGGGUGGAGUGUCCGUAUGGGGGGAUUGAGGUUAGGUAUGAGAAGGGGGAUGAUGGUGCUGGGGGUGAAGAGGUGAAGAUGGAGGUUAGUGUGCCGACUAGUACGACGGGGUACUUGCUGUUGCCGAGAGAGGAGAGUAGUGUUGUUGUGAGGAGACUUGGUGAGGGUGGGUAUGAAGUAGAGAGGAGGGGGAUGAGAAUAGCGCUCAAGCCGGGCAAGUAUGAGUUGGUUCUGCAGGCAUGA